AUGGAACGUGGAGGCUUCAAUGGCUACCGCAAGAUCCCUAACGCAAGCUCUGGGCUGAAGCUAACAAAUAUCAAAAUGAGGCUGGCGGAGAUCAACCACGCCAACAGUCAUUCAAGCACGGAAGACAACGAAUGCACGGUAAGGGAGCAAGACAGGUUCAUGCCGAUCGCUAACGUGAUAAGGAUCAUGCGCAAGAUCCUUCCUCCGCAUGCCAAGAUCUCGGACGAUGCAAAGGAAACAAUCCAAGAGUGUGUCUCCGAGUACAUCAGCUUCAUCACCGGCGAGGCCAACGAGCGGUGCCAACGCGAGCAGCGUAAGACUAUCACUGCAGAGGACGUGCUCUGGGCAAUGAGCAAGCUGGGCUUCGAUGACUACAUCGAGCCGCUCACCGUGUACCUCCACCGCUACCGUGAGAUGGAGGGCGAUCGUGGGUCCCUAAGAGGUGAACCGCUCGGGAAGAGGGCGGUCGAGUUUAGCACGCUGGGGGUUGCUGCUGCUGCCGCAUUUGCGCCGGUUUUCCAGAUGGCCGGCCAUCAUCACCAUGGGUUUUUUGGAGCUGCCGAUCAUCACAUGGGUGGUGGAUACUUGAGAGAUGCAGCCAAUGCUGGCUCGUCCCAGCAGGCUGCUGCAGUGGCAAACGGUGAGCCACGUGGCCAGUACAAGUGAGCUAAUUGACCCACUUAAUGCUACUCUAAUGAUCAGAGGUAGCACUAACGUAGUUAGUGAAAGAAGAGGGGAGAUCGAGAGAGAGACUA